AUGUCGACUGGUGUCGUGCGGUCUACCGCCCUUAGAGCCGGCGGCGCCUGUGUGCGCUGUCGCAAAGGAAAGACCAAGUGUGUCUAUGAGAACGGCCGCGCCCCAUGCAAGAACUGCGCCAAGGGCAUGCACGAAUGCUAUCUGCCCUCCGAGUCCAUGGCUCAUCAUCACGGUCAGUCGCCUGCUCGCCAUACUACCGCUCAUCGUCCCUCUCGCGAGAGCCUACCUGCCUCGGUCCCGGCCGGCGAUUCUCGUGCCGUCAACCCGGCCUCUUCUGGAUCUCGACACGUUCAGCCCCCCGAGAAACUCACUCCGGAACUUAUUCAGGAAUGCGAACGCGUCAUCUCCAAGACCUACCCGGCUUGUGUCGCCUUUCACAAGCCUUCCUUCAUCCAGCAGCUCAAGAACGCCUCUCUGGACCCAGCCCUCAUCUAUGCGCUGCUCACUUGCGCUGCUCGGAGCUCCCCGAACUUGAUUAGGCGCUAUGGAGGACAGUCUGGUGCGACCGGCGCCGCUGAGCACUUUGCUACCAAGGCCAUGGGUAUCAUUAACCAGAACCUCGAUACCCCGAGCCUUGCUGAGAUCCAGGCCAUCUGCCUGAUCAUCAUUCACGAAUGGGGCUCCCGCAAUGCUGUGCGUGCCUACAUCUACCUCGGCCAGGCUAGCCGCAUGGUCCAGAUGUACCGCAUUCUCCACAGCCACCACGCCGCCGUCAGCGAGGCCGACCGCUUCCUGCAGGAGGAGUCGUUCCGCCGUGUUCUUUGGCUGUUGUACAUUCUCGACUGCCUUCUCACCAGCACCCCCGGCCGUCACCCGGCCCUGUCGUCCAAUGACACGAGCGAUGUCUCGCUUCCGUGCUCCGACAUGAACUUUGCCUUUGGCAAUGCCGUUUUUGUCCAGACCAUCAACCUCACCGACCCGUCCCGCCUGCCCGCCGGCGCCCGUGUCGAUGACAUUGGCGAGUUUGGCCAGAUUGUUCUGGCUACUCGCAUCUGGCGCGAUGUUGUUCAGAUGUUGAUGACCACGACCACCGACACCUUCAGCGACACCGUCUGCAAUGGCCUCAUGGGUGAGAUUGACCGUCUGCGCAACUCUUUGUCGAUGCAGUACGUCGACAAGCCCGGUCAGAUCAACCUUCACAUCACCAUGGGCUCCGGUUUCACCUACGCCAUGCUCCACUGCAUGCUUCACUGCGCGUCCAUCUUCAUUAACCGCCGUCGCCUGCUGCAGUACGUGACGGCUCCCGGCUUCAACCUCGAGACCUGGCGCCUCUCGCCCCAGUGCCACGAGAUCAUUGACAGACUCUUCACAUCGUGCCACAGCACCAUCGCCAUGUUGACCGCUCUCGAGAACGGUUCUGACAAGGACGGCAUCAUCUGCUUCCCCAUCUUCAUGCUGUUCUCCUCCUUCACUGCCAGCGCUACCGUCGCCUACCUGUCUCUGAAGGGUCUGACUCCCAACAAUGCCGUUGAGACCGCCGCUCAUAUCGUCCGCGACGGCCUCCACUUCAUGCAGGAUGGAGUUGACACCUGGCCGCUCAUCAGCUCUUGGCUCCGCCACCUGGCCGUUAUGCACCGUGUUCUGGGCAACGAUGCUGGUGCUGGUAGCCCCAGUGGCAGCAACUCGGUGCCUCCCACCACUCAGCCCGCUGCCGACCAGGCCUCAGUCAAGGACGAGGCUGCCUCGAACGCGGAUACCAACCCUGAUGCCAUGGACUACGACCAGUCCUCCAACUCCAACGCCCCGGCUGCCCAAGGCGCCGCCAACAACCACACUGCUCCCGUCAGCGAGAGUGGCCGCGACAGCGAGCCUCCCGCCCCGCAGCCUCGCCGCCCCGGCGUCGCUACCAUCAACGGCGGCUCCGUCUCUGGCACCCCGGCCUCGGCUAGCCCCCCACCCCAGCAGCCCGAGGUCAAGGCUUCUCCGGAAGCCGCAUCUCAGCCUACUCUUGGCAACGGCGUUCCCACUACCGAGCCUGCUGCCCCUGUCCCUCAGGACAUGACGGCCAGCGAGCUCUGCUCUGCAUUCGAGAGACAGCUUCUGGAGCUGGACGACCUCGCUGCAUUCAUGGGAGGUGGUGUCUAA